UCUUGCUUCGAAGGCCAGUGGACGAUGUGCACUGGGUGAGGCACGUUUGCAGUUCUCUGCUGUCACCGUUCAAUUGUUCGUGAUUGUUGUUUUGGGGGUCAAGGUCAGGGAAGGUCAAGCGUUUCACGUGAUUUGAAAACUCAAUUACGCAAGAUGUUGCGGAUUAUUGUUAUAUUGUCCUUCAUGGGGAGUUCCCUGGCGUUAUUACCGACAUUUGGAAUUUGUCCGGAAGUGGAAACCAUCGAACGUCUCAACAUGACUGCGUUCAUGGGGAAGUGGUAUGAAGCCGAGAGGUACUUUUCCAUCUUUGAGAUCGGGGCCAAGUGUGGAAUAUUUAAUUACUCCACAGGGGAUAAUGGAUCUUUGAGGAUUGUUACAUCUCAGACUUCGGUUUUGACAGGAAUUGAGUCGACCCUUGAAGGAAUUGCUCGUCCAAUUGGUCGAGCUGAUGAUCCAAAACUCACGGUAGCCUAUCCAUCACUUCCAAUUCAGUACCCAACACCUCAAUGGGUUCUCGGGACAGAUUAUGAUUCGUAUGCAGUUCUCUGGAGUUGCACAAAUAUGGGAGUUUUCAGUAUGAAAAGUGCUUGGGUACUGACUAGAGAUCGCCAACCCCCGGUGCCAGUGGUGGAAAAAGCCUAUCAGAUCCUCGACAAAAAUCACAUCAGCCGAGCAUUUUUUUACAGAACAGACCAGAAGAAUUGUCCAACUAAACGCAACUAGUGCAUCUUGUGAUAGAUAAAUAUUUUCAUGUACUUAUUUAUUUAAUACUCAUCCCAUUUCACUCUGUUAUUCAAUUUUUUGUC